UGUCAUAUCUCAUCAAUACCGCUGGCAGCAAGCUUCAUCGCAGGAGGAGAGAAUCACGGCACAAAGCACUGAUAACUGACAGAGGAUUUACAAAGGAGUUGUUUUGUUUCACAUAUACAUUUAUUGUAUUCAUCAACCAAAUCUUUUUCACAAUGAAGGAAAGGAGACUUACCCAGCCUAUGGUGGCGAGAUGUAAACUGGUGUUGGUUGGGGAUGUUCAAUGCGGGAAAACCGCAAUGUUGCAAGUCCUGGCCAAGGAUUCCUAUCCUGAGACAUAUGUUCCAACAGUAUUUGAGAACUACACAGCCUGUCUGGAGCUGGAGGACCAGCGUGUAGAGCUCAGUCUCUGGGACACGUCAGGCUCCCCGUACUAUGAUAACGUCCGACCCCUGUGCUACAGCGACUCAGACGCUGUGCUCCUCUGUUACGACAUCAGCCGACCAGACUCAAUUGAUGGUGCACUGAAAAAGUGGAAGACAGAGAUCCUGGAUUUCUGCCCCAGCACACGCAUCCUCCUGAUAGGCUGUAAAACAGACCUGCGCACAGACGUGUGUACGCUCAUGGAGCUGUCCAAUCAGAAGCAGACACCCAUCUCACAUGAGCAGGGUUCCUCCAUGGCCAAGCAGCUAGGUGCGGAGGCCUACUUGGAGUGUUCGGCCUUCACCUCAGAGAAGAGCAUCCACAGUGUGUUCCGUACUUCAGCCCUGGCCUGCAUCAGCAAGCUACAGCCCUCCACCAAGACCAGCCCUGCCCGACGCCUCUCCAAGAGACUCCUUUUCCUGCCCAGAAAGUCUGACCUCCUCUCCUCCACCUUCGGCAAGGACAAGGCCAAGGGCUGCUCCAUCAUGUGAGGGAGGGGGAAGAACCCAGACUGGGGUGGCCAGCGAUUCACUCCAUUGAACAGUCCAGCGGGCAAAAGGGGGUGCAAGGUGGUAGAGGGGCAAGGGAAUCGGAAGUAAGGGGGAAGGAAGGGGUUUCUUUAGAACCCCUCUGGCCUCCCCCAACAUCCUCCCCAGUCCCCACCCCCACUGACGCCCCACUUAAAAAAAAACAUGGUUUACUCUGUAUUGGAUAUACUGGUCCUCUUCAUGAUCACACACACACACACACACACACACACACACACACACACACACACACACACACAC